AUGGAGAGGUACGAGCGGGUUCUGUGUUUGGGCCGCGGAGGAGCGGCGGACGUGUUCCUCAUGAGGCACGUGGAGCGGGAGAGCCUGCACGCGGUGAAGAGGCUGAAAGCGGAGGACGCGAGGGCAGCAGGCGCACAGAGAGCUGCUCUCCAGGAGGCUGACAUCCUCAGGAGGCUGGAGCACCCGCACAUAGUGGCAUGCAGCGACGCCUUUGUCCACUCUGGUGAUGGGUUGAUUUACAUCGUGAUGAGCUAUUGUGAGGGCGGGACCUUAGAUGACAGAGUGAAAGGGAGGAAGCCGGGGGAGUUUUUCACAGAGGACACCGCGAUGGGGUGGUUCGUGCAGGUGACUAUGGCUGUAAAUUAUAUACACGCGGCGAAAAUACUACACAGGGACAUCAAAACCUCAAAUGUGCUGCUAACAAAGCGAGGUGUGGUAAAGUUAGGGGACUUUGGGAUAUCCAGACUAAUGAACAACACCGCCGAUAUGGCCUCCACAUGUGUUGGGACACCCAGCUACCUCAGUCCUGAGCUUUGCCAGGAUGUCCCAUACAGCUCCAAGUCCGAUAUCUGGGCUCUCGGCUGUCUGCUUUAUGAGAUCUGCUCUCUCAGACCCCCAUUUGCAGCCACAAACCUCCUGAGUCUGUCAUACAAGAUCACCAGAGGGGAGUACGAUCCUUUGCCCGACGUGUACUCGGACCACGUCUCCUCUUCGAUAGAAAGGAUGCUCUGCCUCGACCCAGAAAACAGGCCCAGCGCUGCCUGCAUACUUAGCAGUGCCUAUGUGCAGGAUCACCUAGAGAACAUCACACACACAGAGACUGACUGUGCUCCUGUGACUGAAUCUAAAGGGGAGAGCUGUGACAUUAGUACAGAAGGAAAAAACACAGACACUGGCACCACACUGGGGCCACACGUUCUCAGUCAGUCCCACUUAUGGGAAGAGAAAAAAGACACUAUGGAGGGCAGUCUCAGUGACGUGGAGGACGAAGAUUGUGAUGCUUUGUGUGUUGGAGGACAGAACCACUGUGACUGCCACUAUCCCGAGGACUUUGAUGAGGAUGAAAGCUUGUCCUCUCCAGAAGUUCACAGUGAACGCUCGGGGUCUCCGAUGAGCAGCGAUUCUGCUGAGCCCAUUGUAUUUCCAGAGCUUCCUGACAUUUCAGAACAAGUUGACUAUCCAGAUGACUUUGAGGAUGACGAGGAGGGGGAGGAUUACGAGGAUGAAGCAGACUCAGUCCACGCUGCUGCUCCUCAGCGGCCACAUGACGAUGAUGGACUUGAGGAAGAGUUUCAGCUCUGUGAUGCUGGAGGACUGAGCAUUACACUGAAAGCAUUGAAGGAAAAGGGCUAA